CGUACUUAUUUCCUCGUUCGUGAUUGGUUGUUUUUUAUCAUUUUUAUCUUACGGUAACCAAUUAAAAAUCAAAUACACUGGAAGCUUGUUUAUAUCUAUUUGUCAUUGGCGGUGUCAGUUUUUGAUUCCAGUCAUUUUGAGUGCAUUUUGAGUGCAUAAAAUCGUAAACAAUCGCGAAUUUUUGAAAAUCCUAGCGUAUAAUUUGCUCUGAAGCUGCUCGUUGUUCUUUCUACGUUGACAAUUUUACCCGAAGUUCCAAGUAUCUAUUCGACGUUGAAGAAAUGGUUUCUCUGGUGGAAAUAUUCCAUCGGCAACAUACGGACGUUGUUGCCGAGAAUUUCAAUUCGUUUUUGCAACACGAAACGUACAUAGAUUUAAUAUUCGUCUGCGCCAAGAACCGAAAAGUUGGAGCUCAUCAGAUGGUCAUGGGUGGCUUGAGUAAAUUUCUAUCCAACUUAUUGAUGCAGAAUCAAAACGAAUCAAAGGAAAAAGUCAUCCAUAUCUAUGUGCCUGAUAUCAGAUCGAAAAUAAUGAGACAUAUUCUCGAAUUCGUUUAUACUGGAAAAGCAAUGGUGAAUAGAGAAGAUUUGGGCGAAUUUAACGACGAUUUGAUCUUACUGGGGAUGCCUUUAUCAGCGUUGACGUCUGGUGUUAAUAGUCAGCCAAGUUUCGCUAGAACCGUUCCAAGUCCGAUGACUCCUUCGACACCUAAUCCAGCACCAUCUGUGUUUCAGCCCCCCAGCGAUAGCAUGUCAAAUAUAAAUAUUCCUACUAGUGUCGGUAGCAAUCCUACUCCUAAUUUCGGUAUAUCGAACGUUGAAUCUUGCAGUAACACUGCAUUCAGUCGUCCCAAUACGAACUAUAAUCCGAACGUUAUAAAUGCAUCGAGAUUUCUCAAUCAACCUGACCAGUUGCUACCUAUGAAUCCUAUGAAUCCUAUGAAUACAGCUUGUUCGAACGCUCCCGGACCCUUAUUAACCAAUCAGUCUCCUCAAAUGGCCACCUCAACUUUCGGUCCCAAAAUAUCAGCAGAAGUUAUAACGAGCUCAAUUCCGAAUGCAACCAGUACACCACUUCAAUCUUCCAAAACACCGAAUCAAAAAUCGAAUGUGAAAUCGGAACCGAAAGCUGACAAACGUCGAUUACCAGCAUCCGGCAGUGCCAGAAAAUCGCUGAAAUUUGAUAAUCAAUGUAUCGAUUUAAUCGAAAGCGAUGACGAUAGCGAUAUAAUAUCGAUUACAUAAUGAUUUAUUUUAAUGACCCGCUAUUCAAGUUUAAAAUUGAUUUGUCUAAUAAUUUUGUUCCUUUUGUUUUAUUCUGCAGCUAAGAGGAGUAGUUGCUCGGUGUAAAGUAUACGUUUUUGUUACUUUUUACAUCUUUUUUUCUCAUUUUUUAUGUAAAAUUGUUACCAUGGAUUAUGAUAUUGAUAUCUUUACCCGAAAUGCCAUUCUCUAUUAAGUAUUACGAUAAGUGUUGUAUUUCAUUUUUUUUUUGCUGUCAUUCUCGUUUAUUUUUUUAUACGUUAAGACUGAACUUUCUCAUUCUUUGAAAUAAUAAAUGUGUGAAUUUUUGUUA